AAGAGGUUUUUUAUUUUUGUGCUAGGAUGUUGGAUCAUAACCCGCUAACCUUGUCCCAGGAUACCUUCCUUGGGCUCCAGUCUCUCAUGUACCUAUCUAUGGUGGACACCUCGCUGCAGCAUCUUCCUCACCCGAGCUUCUGUCAACAUAUGCCUUCCUUGGACUGGCUGGAUCUUGAGGGUAACCAGAUUCAAACUCUCAACCACUCCAUCUUGAACACCUGCAGCAAGCUUGAAGUUCUAUUACUGAUGGACAACAGAAUCAGAAGCCUUCCUGAAAAUACCUUCCAGUCUCUGGGGAAACUGGCUGAACUGAAUCUGUCCAGCAACAGGAUAAGGGAGCUGCCGAAAAACACCUUUAAGAGCCUCUCCAAGUCCCUUCUUAAACUAAAUAUUUCCUUCAAUCCCCUUCUCAACAUUCACCCCAGCCACUUCAACCACCUGAUACAUCUUCAGUCUCUGGCGCUGGAGGGGAUGGAGAUCCCAGAUAUUCAGGCGAAUAUGUUCCUGCCUAUGAAGAACCUUUCCCAUAUCUACUUUAAGACGUUCCAGUACUGCUCCUAUGCACCUCAUGUCCGGUCCUGUAAACCCAACACAGAUGGUAUCUCUUCCUUUGAAGACCUGCUGGCUAACAUGGUGCUGCGGGUGUCUGUCUGGGUCAUGGCUUUCAUCACCUGCUUUGGUAACCUUUUAGUGAUCGGCAUGAGGUCACUGAUAAGAGCAGAGAACAACCUGCAUGCUGCCUGCAUCAAAGUCCUCUGUUGUGCAGACUGCCUCAUGGGUGUGUACCUGUUUUUUGUUGGAGUGUUCGAUGUAAAAUUUCGCGGGCAGUACAAUCGUAACGCCCUGCUCUGGAUGGAUAGUGUGGAAUGUCGGACCAUUGGAUUCCUGGCCAUGCUCUCCUCAGAGGUGUCUGUCCUCCUCCUGACCUACCUGACUCUGGAGAAGUUCUUGGUCAUUGUCUUCCCCUUCAGCAAUCUGCGCCCAGGCAAACUUCAGACUGGGGUGAUCCUGGCUUCUAUCUGGCUACUGGGGUUCAUUAUCGCUGCCGUGCCCCUAAUGAAUGAGGACGUGUUUGGAAACUACUAUGGACGUAAUGGAGUCUGUUUUCCCCUGCACUCUGACAGGCAAGAAAAACCUACCGCCAAAGGAUAUUCCACAGGGAUUUUUCUGGGUCUAAACCUGGUGGCAUUCCUGGUGAUCGUCUUCUCCUACUCCAGCAUGUUCUACUCCAUCUAUAAAACUGGCAUCAACGCCACAGAUGUGAGGAGCAGACUGCACAGAGAUGUGGCUGUGGCCAACAGGUUUUUCUUCAUAGUGUUCUCUGAUGCCCUCUGCUGGAUUCCCAUAUUUUUGGUGAAAGUCCUCUCACUAAUGGAGGUGGAGAUACCUGGCACUAUCUCCAGCUGGGUAGUCAUCUUCAUCCUCCCCAUCAACAGUGCCUUGAACCCCAUCCUUUACACCUUGACCACCAGCUUCUUCAGAGAGCAGGUGGAACUCUUACUCUGUCGCUGGCAGAGACGACAUGUCCUGAAAAAAGACCGCAAAAGCCUCACCUCCACCACAAUGUACAUGGAGGCGCAAAGGUCUCAUUGCUACCAGACCCCAGCCUACCUCCAGCGGGUGUCACUGACCGCCGCAGAUCCCCGCUACGCCUGAGGGAGGCCCGGAGCUCUCCUGGCCGCUUUGUAAACUACGGGUCGAGGGCCUAUUGCUGAUUACUUCUUUAGGCUCCUACAUGUAGCACUAGCAUGUUUUGCCGAGACUGACCUCCUGGUGGACCAAGAUUAACAAUCAACCUCAUCAUGCUCUGACACGUGUAAAAAUGACCAUAAUUAGAUGCUUUUGUGCCAAGUAGUUAAUGCUUCUCGCACACACCCGCCCCCCCCCAUGCAUCCAUACAGGAAGCACUUUCGGUUUCAGUGCUCUAAGUCACUACGACAUGUAGGCAUGAGGAGCCAAGGAUCCAACUACCAACCGCACGAUUAGCGGAUAACCCUCUGUACUUCUAGAGCUACAGUCACUCCGAUGCUUGCAUGCUUAUGUGGCUAUACAUUUGAAAUUGUUCCAUGAGAGGAUAUAUAAUUGGACUAACAAAGAAGAGGAGAUAAAUGAAAGAAUAAAUACCAGCAUAAUUAUACUGUACAUCUCAAUGCCACCCUGAGGACGAUCACAAUGGACUUUCAAUGUCUUAAGCAAGAAAAGUAUCUCACAUAUGUCACUUUUUACUUAAAUGACCCUUUCGUCAGAUGAUGGAGCUCGAGCAGGAGAGGACGCUGGGAGACAUGCAGCCAAAUAUCUCCCUUAUCUCACAGACACUGUUUUUCUAUGGAGUGACUUGAGGGCGAAGCUCACAGAUGUAAUGCUCAUCAGACGCUGAGCUGGGAAGUGGGUUCAAGGAUUAAUGUUUUCACUCAAAAAAUAAGGAAUGACUCUUGGAGUGCACAAAGUGUAGCACAAACAUGGUUUAUGGAAUCAUAAUGCAGUUGUAUUCAUUUUCAUUUAAUGUGCACAAAAAGGAACACAGAUUUCAGAUUUCAUCUACCACUUAAACUGCAGUGCAAAGUCAAUUUUACAUGUCAUUUUGAUAUAUUCUAUUACACAAUUUAAAAGAAAAUUAAUAACACAAUUCAAGGUGUUCAUUUGUUAAGCUCUCUGCUUAAAGCCUCUGUAUUUCUGCUCUCUGCUCCCUGUUUUUGCUUUUGUUCUCUUUCUGGUAAUUUGUCUUGAUCAGUUGUUGAUUGGCUUUCCUGAUUAGUGAAAUGUGAUUUCCUUCUGUAAUACCCCUUUCCUAGAACCUCCUCUUCACAGAAAGGUAGAAAUGAAGGAGUGAAUAUGGAUUUUAGCAUAUUGUACAAAAUAUUAAAAAAAUGUCACAAAUGUUAUUUAUUUUAUGCAACAAAUCUAAAAAAUAAAACGUUUAAUGGCACAUUAAAUAUUGCUAACCAGUCAAUGGGAGAAAAACACAAGAAAGAGACUCAACCGUCGACAAUCACUGAAUGUUUUGCAUCAGUUGUGUAGCAGCGGCUAACUUCCUGCUCUUCACUGACCGUAAUCUGACGCCCAUUUUUGCCAUAUUUUCUAUGUUGUUGGUGUAAUAGGUGUAAUAUGAUUUUUCCCCCCUUGUUGGUUACAUGCCAUUUUGUAUCGUGUACUCUAUCUGCAUGGACAGUAUGUGCUCUCACUAAUUUUGAAUCUGAACCAAAAUAAUCUUGAUACCCUAACCCCCUUAAUAUGUGACUGACCUGGACUGGAUUAAAACAUUUGGUUGUCACAUUGAAUUUAAUACAUCCAGUCCUCAUCCAAUACAUGAGACAUUUGUUUAAUUCAGUUUUGUUUUCAGUGUGCUUGUCAGACGUCACCUGAACUAUUUUGAACUUUGGUUCAUGUUUCUAUUUAUACUUUUUUAUACUGAUAUAUAACAUGCCUAUGUUUUUGCUCUCUUUAAACAGUUUCUUAAAUUCAAUGACAGCUAUCAACAUCCAGAUAGUGGAAAAAGACGAUUGUACCUACAAGUUUCUGCAAAACAUACAAAGCAGUGGAACCUCCUCUGAUGAAAUAAGGAUUAUUAUUUCCUAUUGUUACUGUCCUGUUGUACCGUCUUCUCUGUGUAAGUUCUGUAUAUCAUUGUGUUUUUUGGAGUCUGGUUGGUGAAUUUUGUGUUUAUUGGUUUCCCCUUGGAAAUGGCUCUUUGACAGAAAUAAUAAAAAGACAACAACAAUACAACAAA